AUGUUUCCUCAGCUGAAUAAGAACUUAAAUUCUCUAAGCGCUUAAAGCUUAGGUCAAUACCAAUCACCUACUUAAAAUAUAACCCCUUCAAGAAACUAUCAAAUUCUUUCUUCUAUCUUGAAUAAUACAAAUAAUUCCUAUAAAAUAAAUAACCUCAGUAACAACAAUAAUAUAAACAUAUUUUCUCGUUAACUUAAUGAUUCAAGCUAUGGUUCUAAUAAAUGGAUUUUAAAUAAAAUAGAUCAAAAUUCAAGUAGAAUAACAAAUAAUUACAAAAAAGACUAUUCUCCUUUGAUACAAGCUAAGCCAGCAAGAGAUAGCUUGGAAAUACCAUAAAACUCACUGGAUUUAUAAUAAUAAACUAACAAUAGUUGUUAGGUAAGAAGAAGAAGGAAAAUUAAUUUAAAAUAAAUUUUUGCUUUAGAUACUUCUAAUAAUUAAAAUAUAUCUCAAAACGAUUUAAUGGAUGAUUAGUAACCUAGAUAACAAAUAUCAGAUAUUCCUUCUAAUUAUACUAUUUAAGAAAGUCCUCUUAGGUAAAGAAAGAUAAAUAGAAAUAUGCUUUUUAUUUAAUCUAACAAAUCUUAAGAAUUCGAUGAUCAAUAUGAUUCAGAAAAAAAUUUUGUAGAAUAAUAAAAUAGAGUUAAAAAAUUAAUAAGAAAUAGACAAGGCAGUAUGUAAGGUUUGAACUAGGAUUAAAGAAUUAUCAACUUAAGUAAUAACAUGUCAGAUGAUUAAAUACUUAAUAAAUCCACUAUUUAAAUUGGAAUUACCAAACAACCUUCAUAUGCAAGUUUCUUUUCUAACAGAACCUCAAAUAAUCAAAUAAAACAAACAUCUAUCUAAGUAAUUGAAAGCGAAAAGGAUAAUGAUUCCUCAUAAAUAUCUACUUAAGAAACAGAAGAAUCGUUGUACAAUUUUAAGUUACCAAACCAAAAAAUGAUUUUUCGUAAUACUUCCCAUAAAGGAAUACUCAAAAACUCUACUGAAAAUUAUAUUCAAUCUCCUUUUAAAAAAUCCUAAAAAAAACAAGUGAGCUUCAAUAUAAUAAAAAAAAUAUUUUGA